AGAGGUGGAGGGAGGAGUGCCCAGGAGAGUGAUGACAUCACCGGCCAGCCCUUGAAAGAUGAGCUGUUCCCCGUGCCACUCCAGCUCAGCUCCUCAGAAGACUGGGGAGGACUGUUGGGGACGGCUCGACAGGCCGUCGCUGGUGGACCUGGACCGAGGGACUCACUAGAACGCAGACACAGCUUGCUCCAGAAAAGGUAGAGCCUCAGCCCUCUCUGUCCUGAGACCAAAUGCACUCUUCUUGGAAGCUACCCAUGCUCCUAACUGUUCAUGACGACCCCAUGCCCACCACAGCCUCUUUUGGCACGGAAAUGUUCAACCUCACCACACACGUCCUGGGGUCCUCUCUUAACGGGACCCUUUUAGAGGAUAACGGUUGCCCCGACACCGAGUGGUGGAGCUGGCUCAAUGCCAUCCAGGCUCCCUUCCUCUGGGUCCUCUUCCUGCUGGCCGCACUGGAGAACAUCUUUGUCCUCAGUGUGUUCUGUCUGCACAAGAGCAGCUGCACCGUGGCGGAGAUCUACCUUGGCAACCUGGCCGCUGCGGACCUCAUCCUGGCCUGCGGACUGCCCUUCUGGGCCAUCACCAUCGCCAAUAACUUCGACUGGCUGUUUGGAGAGGUGCUGUGCCGUGUGGUGAACACCAUGAUCUACAUGAACCUCUAUAGCAGCAUCUGCUUCCUGAUGCUUGUGAGUAUCGACCGCUACCUGGCACUGGUGAAGACCAUGUCCAUGGGCCGGAUGCGCGGUGUGCGCUGGGCCAAAAUCUACAGCCUGGUGAUCUGGGGCUGUACGAUGCUUCUGAGUUCACCCAUGCUGGUGUUCAGGACCAUGAGGGACUACAGGGAAGAGGGCUACAAUGUCACCGCCUGCGUCAUCGUCUACCCAUCCCGCACCUGGGAGGUGUUCACCAAUGUGCUGCUGAACCUGGUGGGUUUCCUCCUGCCCCUGAGCAUCAUCACAUUCUGCACAGUGAGGAUCAUGCAAGUGCUGAGGAACAACGAGAUGAAGAAGUUCAAGGAGAUCCAGACAGAAAGGAAAGCCACUGUGCUGGUGCUGGCUGUCCUGGGGCUCUUCGUGCUCUGUUGGGUGCCUUUCCAGAUCAGCACCUUCCUGGACACGCUACUGCGUCUCGGAGUGCUGUCCGGAUGCUGGGACGAGCAUGUUGUCGAUGUCAUCACACAGAUCAGCUCCUACGUGGCCUACAGCAACAGCUGCCUCAACCCUCUGGUGUAUGUGAUCGUGGGCAAGCGCUUCCGGAAGAAGUCCCGAGAGGUGUACCAAGCAAUGUGCCGGAGGGGAGGCUGCAUGGGAGAACCCAUCCAGAUGGAGAACUCCCUGGGGACUCUGAGGACCUCUAUCUCGGUGGAACGCCAGAUCCACAAGCUGCAGGAUUGGGCAGGGAACAGACAGUGAACAGAGGCCGCCAGGCAGGACUCCUGUCAAGAUGUGUGAAGACUGGUGGGGCCCGGGCUACUCAGCCUGGGUUCAGGAAGGAGCUCAAAGCAUCCUAGCCAGCCCCAAGGAAACAGGCCGAUGAUUCUAACCUGUCUCAUGACACAGGCAUGCUGUCAGGAGUGGGUACCCUGGAGUACAGUGGGAUUAUUCUUAUUGUCUGGCACUCUGGGGCCCCGUGAAUGGAGGGGUCCUGGGGUAGGGAUGGGGGUGACAGCAGCUCUUUCCCACGGUGGGUAAGGGAAGGACAGAUCUCCAGGGAAACUGUUGCCAGCCCUAGUCCUGUGGCUACAUGUGCAGGAGGCCCGGCUGACUGGCUUCCGGGUUUCAUGGUCUGAUGAUUUCUUGGUCUUCUGAAGGUUAGCUCUGAGGAGUCCCUGGUAAGGACCCAAAGCCUGGGAUCCCGUCACUCCUCUCACCCAUGGACAAGGUGGACAGUGAAAAAGACACCCCCACCCCACCCCACCCCAGUGUUUAUGGAGCACUUGCUGAAUGCACAGUAUUGGGACACUGUGGGCAAGAGGGAAGAGAUCCACAGUGAAAUCUGUCUUAAAGGAACCCUCACGUAAGUGGAGGAUGUCCAGGACCUGCAGUCCCUGGAAGGUGUGUGAACACGAGAAACUGGGGGGGGGGGGCGGAUAACGGACAGCACAGCAGCCUGGUCCGGCCCCCACUUCCUCUGCUGCAAUGUGAGAGUAUCUGGUGAUUUGGAAAGUGAUAGGUGUCGUGUGACUGCGUGGCAUCAGAGCACACAUCACGUGGAGACACUUGGCACAGAGAAAGUCACUGAGGCUCAGGAACUACCCUGUGGGGAACAAUGUUAAAAACACAGGACAUGCCUGCAGGUAUCUGAGGCCCUCACUGGCUUCUGCCUUCCCCUCCCAGUACCCCACCCCCAUGCACACACAAUAGGCAUUUGGCACGUGGGGAGGGCGGGAGAGGGCACUGAGACAGAGAAAAAGGAAUUCUGAUGGGACCUGCCCAGGGAAGCCACAGCUCACAGCCUGUAGCUUUGGAAAUCAGGCUGCUUCACAGGGUCCCUGUCUCAAUGACCAAGGGGUGCCAAUCACUGGUUUAUUUGAGAGCGGCUCACCAAAGGGCAGCUGACCCACCCUAGGUCACUUAUCCCAGGGCAUUGAUUCCAGGCCCAACUCCCUACCUGGCCACAGAUUGCCUCAUGAGUGUUGGCAGGGGUGGGCUGAGCUGCCUGGGAACUCUGACCCCAGAUGGCUUCAGGGCCAGUGGGUUCCCCAGUAGAGCCUAUUCCAAGGGCCUUGGCUGGGCCCUGUUGUCAGUGGUGACAGUUGUCCCAGCGACCCUGCCGGAGACUUGGGUGACAGACACCACACUCCCAGCUCUAGAAUCUUCCAUGAGUGUUUCUUUUUCCACGUGUCCAUAUCAGUUACUUUUCUUGUAGCUGUGACAAAUUACCCGACGGGAGCAGCUUGCGGGAGAGAAAAGGUUUAUUUCAUCUCACAGUGUCAAAAGGGUUUCGGUCCACUGUUGCAGGGGCAGUGUGGUCACCAGAGCACGUGACAGAGACAUCUUACAUCGGCGUGGACCAGUACACAGAGACACAACUGAGACCAGGGACAGGAUAUGACCUUCAAAGGUGUGCCCCUAGUGACUUUCACCAACGGUCUGACUUCCUAGAGGUUCCAUAGCUUCCCCAAAUAGGGCCAGCAGUCAGGGAAUAUGAACUCAAAACACGGACGAGGGCAGGGGAAAUUUCAGACUCGAACUAUAACAGUGUGGUUACAGACCGGUCCCUGUGACUAACGGUACUCCAAGCCCCUGGGGAUAGAUGAAGAACACACCUCACAGUCUCCAACACCAAGCCACUUAGGACCUGGCCACUCAAAUAGCCCAGGAGCUGUGGAGACUCAGGGAGCGAGCAGAAGUCGGUGGUGUUUCUGGCUAGCUGGAGCCAAGGGAGCGCCUACGGAGGAACGGGGUGGGGGUCGGGAUAAACCUCGAAUCCCGACCAAUCUGAGUUUGAAUUUCCUAACAGCGAAAAUUCUGGGAAAUUCCUUUUCCACCCCAUACUCCCUGGCCCUCCUCCAGUAAACCUAACACUUGCAGCCGGAAAAGGAAAACGGGUGACAGAUACGAAGCGGAUGCUCGGAUUCUGUGCUAGAGUGGAACCCAACCAUGCCCGUACUGUAAAUGAGAAGCAGGGCCCCGUCCUCUGAGGAGAUGUUGGUGGACUGUGGCCUCCAGGACCACAGCUCGCCUCUGCCUGGGCUCCACAGGGUGGCUGAAGGUCUGCACCUGGGUCUCCGCAGGAGGAAAGUGCUCUGUGUGGAUACCCUGAAGAGAAAUGGUGUCUGUCCUGUGGAAGACCCAGGGAGCUUGUGCGGAGGAAGUGGCUGGGGCGCCGAUGAGCGGGGAGCGCGCCGCGUGAAUGCUCUUCUGUACAUUGGAAUAAACAGACGAAUCUUG